ACUUAAAUGGUUUUGUUAUCUUGAUAUUCUUUGUUAAAAAUGAUACCUAGAUAGAUUCAGGAGCUUCUGAUUGGUAGCUGUGCAGAUAUUCCUCUUGUAAUUGGCUGAUAGCUCCCAGUAGUGUAUUGCUGCUUCUUCAACAAAGGAUAUCAUGAGAAUGAAGCAAAUUAUAGAAGUAAAAAGAGUCAUGAAAGAAACAGUUUGGGUUUCAUGUCCCUUUAAUACUGGCUAUAUUUUCACUCUUACAUGGAUUCUUUCUUGGAAAUCAAUCCUGGUUUCUUUUUCAGAUUCUUGUUGCACUGCGACAUCUACACUUCAAAAACAUUGUACACUGUGACCUAAAGCCAGAAAAUGUUCUGCUUGCUUCCGCUGAACCAUUUCCUCAGGUGAAGCUCUGUGACUUUGGUUUUGCACGUAUUAUUGGAGAGAAGUCAUUUCGGCGUUCAGUUGUUGGGACUCCAGCUUAUUUAGCCCCCGAGGUUCUUAGGAACCGUGGCUACAACCGCUCUCUGGACAUGUGGUCUGUAGGGGUGAUUAUAUAUGUUAGCCUUAGUGGGACAUUCCCGUUCAAUGAGGAAGAAGACAUUCAUGACCAGAUACAGAAUGCAGCAUUCAUGUACCCACCAAACCCCUGGAGAGAGACCUCCUCAGAUGCUAUCGAUCUUAUAAAUAAUUUGCUGCAGGUAAAGAUGAGAAAGCGCUACAGUGUAGACAAGACUCUAUAUCACCCCUGGCUACAGGAUUACCAGACAUGGUUGGACUUGCGUGAGCUGGAAUAUAAGAUUGGAGAACGCUAUAUCACCCAUGAAAGUGAUGACCCACGCUGGGAAAUGUAUGCUGGGGAUCACUGCCUACAGUACCCUCCUCAUCUCCUAGCCCCACCAUGCACAGAUCCUGAGGAUGCAGAAAUGAGAGCACUUGGGGAGAGAGUCAGUAUCCUCUGACACACACUAUUCUUACUGCACUUUGUUACAUUCCUCUACUAAUAUUAGAGGGAACAUUCUAGAGAACAUGAAGAGUUGAAAUACAAUGUUCACAUGUUGGAAUACCAGUAUUCAACAACUGCUCCCAAUCAAAAAGGCCAUGUCCACACUCUUCAGGUGUCUGCAGUGGAUGAAUGGAUCCCAAGUCACCCAGCCUUUUGAUAACACUCCAUGGGGCUGCAGGGAAUGUACUCCCCUUCUUUACUGAGGAAGCUCAGAUUAUUAGACUUAAUAGACUGUGUGAUGUAGGGUCCUCUUUUUUUCUUUUUUAGGAUUUGCUACAACUUAAGCACUGUUCUGCUCAAGUGACCUGCAACGCAUUGUGGUGGUUCUUAUCCUAUCUUCAAAAAUAGCAGUGCAGUGUAUGGCUGGCCCAUCCCUCAGUGUUGCAUUGUGUGUGUAUACAGUUAGCACACAUAUGAGGAAAACACUUCUGGAUAAAACAAAAAUAUGAUUGAGAGACUACUUUCUCAUGAGGUCAAAAGGGAAACAAUCCAGCCUUUCUUACGGCAGGUCAUUAAUCUGUGUUAUGUUGAGAAACCUUACCAUUCACUCAUCAUUUGUUCUCCACAGUGCGUUGCUAGCACCCCCAGCACUAAAUCCAUCUAAUCUGCUGGUCAUAGAUGUUUUUGUUCUUUUGUUUGUUUUUGACUCCAGAGUAGCCUGUAUGUUUUACUUUUAUUUUUUAUUUUUUUUAUUUAAGUCAUCGACCGCUGUGUGUCCUGCAAACCUUGGUCUGCCCUGCUAGACGGUUAGCAGACCACAGGAAGUACACAGUGAACAGCCUGUAACAAGACUGGCUGACCAGAGCAAUGAUAUUGUGGACAUGGAAGCUCUGUGCCAGGAUUUUUCUUUAGUGUCCUGUACUACGCGGCAAUUUGUAAUAACGGAUCACCAGUGCUCUGUUCAAGGGUAUUCUUUCAAUUUUCUGCUCUCAUCCCCACAAAGGCCUUUAUUGGUUUGAUCUCAAAAUAUUUUAAUUUUAUGUUUAAAAUUAAAAAGAAAAGGAAAAAACACUAUUUUUUUUGUUAAAGGUCAAUACAGUGUACAGUACUCCGUAUGCUCCAUAUUAUCCUCCGCUGACAGAUUUUAGAUUAUAUUCUUACAUUUCUUUCCUAAAUAAAGCCCAAUACUGUGUUAUUAUUUUAUCGGCCUUUUAAAAGAAAA